AUUAAUAUGGCCCUGAUAUGGCAUUAAUAUGGCCCUGAUAUGGCCCUGAUAUGGCAUUAAUAUGGCCCUAAUAUGGCCUUUAUCUAGUAUCUUCUGCCAUCAACCUGUUAUGAAUCUGGCUUGAGUCUGAUAUUCUUCUGGCCCCGAUCUGGCGCAGACUGACUGGACAGUAGUCAUAGAGGCCAGCUUCUGUCGGGGCAGAGACAUUAUGUUUGUAGCUAAAGCUAAAAUCACCUGUACUGUGCUCAAAGAUAACCUAUUUUCUCUCUCUCUCUCUCUCUCUCCCUCUCUCUCUCAUGUUUAGCCCGGAGAACGGAACAGACAGCAGCGUCUUUCAGGACAUUGAUGUGUGCUGUGAGGAGAAAGAGAAGAUAGGGCAGACAAUAUGCGUUGCCGUGGUGAAGCUCUCAGCACGCAGAAGGCCUUGUUGUUUCCGCUACGCCCUGUGGAACACCAGCCUGUCCGACAGCGGACCCAUUUACGCCAGCAUCCAAAACAACAGCGUCACACUCAUCAGAGGCAUGUGGCCUGAUAAGAGCUCAUCGCCCCCUAGUGGUAACAUGUCAAACUGCAACAGCUCUGAAUCUUCCUCAACCAGAUGCAGCUCCACCUCCACCUCCAGCUCCUCCUCAGUCAACUGCACCAGACCUGUGGGUACUCGGCCGGAGCGCAGUGCGGAUAAUUGCUCCAAUGAGUUUGUGGCCCUUCCUGGACGUUGCAACUGUUCUCAGGGUUGUGACAGUGUGGCAUACUACUCAAUGGUGGUGACAAUCAACAACUCCUCCAUCACACAGCAAAACAUUGCAGCAAUGGUCAACAAACUCAAUCAGUCCCCAACCCAGAAAUGCAGUUCAUCUAAUUCCACCUGUCAGGCUGUGGAAACCAUUUCAGGGGUCUAUCAGGAAAGCGGUGUUGUGUGUGACGGCAAAGAAAAUGGUGGAUGUGUUGUGAUCCUGAAGCUCUCGCAGAUAACAGACAGAUGCACUGUGGCCACAGCUCUCUCCUUCCUGCUCAAUCAAUCAGGCAUCACCAUGGCAACAAGGGCCUGGCGUGUUGCUCUGUGUGGCCCUGCUGCGUCUCUGUCAGGUGAUCUGCGCUCGGAGGACUUCACUAGGCAGAGCAUCAACUUCACCGCUCAGCAGUUCUGUGCUAGUGGCCCCGCGUCUCUGAGCAUCCUCGACUGCCAACCAGGGAAGACCCUGAUAGUGCAGCUGAACGAAGGCUGCCCCUCUGUAUCCCCCCCCACUGCCUCCUCCACCUCCACCCCCACCUCUCCCAGCACCUCUCCAAAUGUCUCCAUGACGACCCCUGUCUCCAGUAACACCACCCGCCCCACACACAGCACCACGUCUGCAGGAGGAGGCCCAGCCAACAGUACUGCCCAGAGCUCAGCUGCUCCAUUGACCAACAGCAGCAGCACGGCCGCCACACACACGUCACCGGGAGCCCAGAACAGUACCGCCACAACACCAUCGCCCGCCAGUACCGCCACCAACUCAUCAUCUGGCAGCACCGUCACAACGUCCACACCUGAAACUCAGGCAACAGCCACAGCUGCAGGGAACAGCAGUGCUGAGAUGGCGGCUGACCAGCUCCUGGCUCUGACGCAGGACGCCUCCUCCCUCAACUCCUCCCAGGUGGAGCAGCUUGUGUCCCAGCUGGAGGUCCUGCUGUCGGGGCCCAACGUGAGCCUGGCCCUGGGGCGCACCUCCGUCAACAUCGCCAACAACCUGCUCAACGCCUCCGCAGCCGCUGUCGCCUCCUCCUCCACCAGGCUGAUCCGGAUCGUGGACACAGUGGGCCUGAAGCUGGAGGUGUCGGGGGAGAGCGAGUCCAUCCUGUUCGACUCUCUGGCCCUGGCUGUGAGCCGGGUGGACGGGACCAACUUCAGAGAGACCACCAUCUCCAUCGCUGACCCCACCAACCUGCAGGUACACACACCCACCAUCUCCAUCGCUGACCCAACCAACCUGCAGAUCGUCCCCAGGGUGGUGCGGUCGGUGUCGUGGGUGGAGGGGCGCACUGACCCCCCCCAGGGCUCCAUCACGCUGCCCUCCACCCUCACAGAUGUCCUCAGCCCCCAGCAGCAGCAGGAGGCGUCCAGGGUGCUGUUCAACUUCUACCAGCGCAGCACCUUCUUCCAGGACGCAGGUCUGAAGUCGGGGGAACUCAACAGUGGCAUCCUGAGCACCAGUGUGGCUAACCUGUCAAUCAGCGGUCUCCAAGACAACAUCACCAUCACUCUGAAAAACAACAAACCCAUUCCGGAGAACAGCUCUGUUUCUUGUGCCUUCUGGGACUUCACUCUGAAUGAUGGCUCUGGGGGCUGGAACGAUGUUGGCUGUAGUGUUGUAAAUGUCACCGAUGAGCAGACAAUCUGCAGCUGCAGCCACCUCACCAGUUUUGGCAUCCUCCUGGAUCUGUCGCGUGGAGAUGAAAUCACGAGUCGGCUGCAGGCCACCAUUCUGACCUACAUCACCUACAUCGGCUGCGGCAUCUCAGCCAUCUUCCUCUCCAUCACACUGCUCACCUAUCUGGCCUUUGGUAAACUGCGUAAGGACAUCCCCUCUAAGAUCCUGAUCCAGCUGUGCUUUGCGCUGCUGCUGCUGAACCUGGUGUUCCUGCUGGACGCGUGGCUGGCCCUCUACCCGGACGCCGUGGGCCUCUGCAUCAGCACCGCCUUCUUCCUGCACUACUUCCUGCUGGCCGCCUUCACCUGGAUGGGCCUGGAGGCCGUGCACAUGUACAUCGCUCUGGUCAAGGUCUUCAACAGCUACAUCUCCCACUUCAUGCUCAAGUUCAGCCUCGUCGGCUGGGGCAUCCCACUCCUAGUGGUCAUCAUCGUCAUCGCCAUCGAUAAGGACAACUACGGCCUCGUCUCUUACGGGAAGUACGAAGAUGGCACCACUGAUAAUUUCUGCUGGUUGCGUAACGGCAUAGCGUUCUACGUGGCGGUGGUGGCGUACUUCUGCGUGAUCUUCGUGAUGAACCUGGCGAUGUUCGUGGUGGUGCUGGUGCAGCUGCGGAGGAUCAAGCAGAACAACCCGCAGAACGUGCAGCACCGGAGCCACCUGCAGGACGCGCGCAGCAUCGCCGGACUCACCGUCCUGCUCGGGCUCACCUGGGGGUUCGCCUUCUUUGCCUGGGGGCCCGUCAACCUGGCCUUCAUGUACCUGUUCGCCAUCUUCAACACACUGCAGGGGUUCUUCAUCUUUGUGUUCCACUGUGCGGUGAAGGAGAACGUGAGGAGACAGUGGAGAACGUACCUGUGUUGUGGCAAAAUGAGACUGGCUGAGAACUCAGACUGGAGUCGGACUGCCACUCAGAACAAGAACAAGAAGUCUUACAUUUCCGGAUCGCAGAACUCUAGCUCCUCCACCACCUGCCUGGCGCCCGAGUCCUCCGUCCGCACACGGAGCACACGUGGAAGUCCGUCUGACGACCGAAUUAUAUCAGACACAGAGAUCAACUCGGACGUCGUCCAGAACCAGAUCAACAGCCAGUAUCACAACCCUUCUCGUGCUCAGGCUGAUUGGAUCAGACCCCGCUCAGACUCCAGAGGGUCGUAGGUCAUAGGUCAUAGGUCAAAGUGUACGGUACGCCACGGCCUGACCAGAACUCUAUGUGUUCCACUAUGAGGGCGCUCCCUCUGACCAGCUCCAUUAUGAGGACGCUCCCUCUGACCAGCUCCAUUACGAGGACGCUCCCUCUGACCAGCUCCAUUAUGAGGACGCUCCCUCUGACCAGCUCCUCUGACCAGCUCCUCUGACCAGUUCCACUAUGAGGACGCUCCCUCUGACCAGUUCCACUAUGAGGACGCUCCCUCUGAUAUCCUUCAAGCCAUUUUCAGCAAUGGGGGGGCAGCUGACCUCUGACCUUUAUGUGCAUUUCCUGUCCAGUUCACCUGACUGGACUAGCUCUUCAGCUCAGCCCUCUAUUGCCUGAGCACAGAGGAUUUACCCAAAGAUCCUUGAUUGCUCCUCUUCAACCCUCUCUGAUUCAGCUGAUGAGGGUUAUUAUAAAUGUCAGAUGACCUAAGGGUGGACCCGCAAAAGACAAGGAACGGGAUGUUGUUAAGGAAGAAGAGAAGUGAUUUAUUCUACAGGCUGUAUGUAAUCAAAUGACUGCCCUGUCCACUGAGUGAGGGUGUAAUAUUGACCUCUCCUUCAUGUGGAUGUGGAGCGCCUCCUUGUGAUUAAAACUGGAAGUGGACGAGUCACCCUGGCUAAAUAUCUUUCGCGCUCCUUGUGUGUCAGUAUAUUCUGUAUAUUGUAUAUAUGAUGGUGUCUGACAUUGCUUUUGCCAUUACUGUGUAAUUUCAUCACUCUGACUUUCUAGAAUCAUAUUCAUUCAUAUUAGACCCACUCUUACCAAAGAGUUUACAAGUACACAACUAAACCCACUGCCCCCCUCCCCCAGGUCAAGAUUGGGGGG